AUGAAGAAAAUAAUCCGCAUCCUGCCAAUUCAGACCAGUGUCCAGCAGGUCACCCCAGACUUUGAAAGGGCUGUCUGGAAGGCGCUUAGAUCCGUCCUGCCAGCAGUGCAGCUUCAGGGCUGCGUGUUCCACUGGACCCAGGCUCUUUGGAGAAAGGUUAGUUCAUGUCAAGCACUCUUUUUUCGCUGCUGAAAAAAAAGGUGAAUAAAAGGCAAUAAACUGAUUAUUAAAGUUUAUUAAACAAAUAUAUACAACUGUUAGAACGUAAGCGUCAACCGUUAUAGCGUUAGGACAAACUGUCAACCGUGUAUCAUCAGCUUUAGCAGUCCGUUCGUUAGUCGUACGUUUUCCUUAAAGUCAAAAAUUUUAACUUUUUGUCUACGCCAGGUGCAAGAGCUUGGCCUCCAAACUGCAUACAGUAACGAUGAAGCAACGUACCGGUUCAUCAGGAAAGUAAUGGCCCUCCCGUUCCUCCCUCACUAUGAGAUCAGACCGAUGUUCGUGCGCCUCAGCGUUCUGGCACAGACCCAG